AUGUACCUAUACAAGCAAACAGUUAGAGCUAAAAUAAAACAAAAUAAUAUACUAGCUCAAGAUAAUGUAAGUUUUACUGAAGGUAGGGAUAUCGAAUAUAUUGUAGAAAAGAUUGAAUUAUUAACAGCCCCAGGGGAAACAUCUCUAGAAGGAAGCAAAGAUAAUACAAACGCUGAACUAAAGUACGAUGAAACGGUUAAAAAAUUGGAAGAAUUGAUAGAUUUUUUAAAAAUACCGAAAAAUGUUUACAAAUUUUUCAACAUCAAAGGUGUACAGAGAGUAAUAACUCCAAUAGUAGGUGUCAGUAGUGAACGAGUAACGAAGCAACUUUUGAUCAUAAUAAAAACGUUGUUUAAUGUCGCACCUUCUACGACCACUGCACUUAUUCCAAUCAGUAUUGUUGACAAACUUCUAGAUAUCUUUGAACACGAUGACAAUUUAGCUCUGAAAACUCAUGCAUUGGAUAUACUAUACGUUUGGUUACCAAAUAAUCCAAGAGUUCAAGCGCGUGUUAUGAAAUUGAAAGGUCUUGAACCAUUUUACGAUCAAAUAUCAAAAUUAGAUUCAACUGUUAUUUAUACUUUGCUUGAUCUUUUUAAUAAAAUCUUAGAAGAACAUUUAACAGUACGAGCUGAUAAUUCUCUGAAGAAUAAAGAUAUCUUUAAUAAGAGAAACCUGUAUGAAAAAAUUGGUCUCGUUGAAAGAAUGUCGACACAAACCGUUUGUAAUGGUAUUUUAAACAUAUUUGAAUUAAUUUUGCCUUUAACUGAUAAUAGGAAUGAGCAGGUUCCUAAAAUAAUAAUUAACCUGAUGAAGAAUAUAAAACCUUUUUGUUUGAAAAUUUAUAAUAGAAAAACUCUUAAAAAAGCUUAUAAAGUGUUUGAAGGGUUAAAAAGUUAUUUUACAAACACCGAUACUACGGCGUUAUUAUUUAAGCUUGGAUUUAAUUUGACAGAAGUGAAAACAAUUUUAGAAGAUUACGAUAAGAAGUUAAAUGAUAAUGCUAGAGAUGAGUUUUGA